AUGAGGUUUAGCAGCAUGCUCGUCGCCAUCAUCUUCAACUUUCUAUCGGCUCUCUGCCAAAAAAUCAUUGCCUGCUCGCUUCCCAUCGACAUUUCCUCUAUUUUCUCUCAACAAACAUUAAUGCCUGACUCAAGGAUCAUCGCACCAAUAGGUCCUGCUCCAUCGACGACUGAACGGACUGUUUUCGGUCCGGGAGGAUGCGUUGUCUACGGCUACCCCUCCACUGGCGGGGUUCUCAUAAAAGAUGGUCCUGACCUUCUCGACAUGCUUUUCCUAUCGGUCCCCCGCACCCAUCCAUCUCAGCGCUCACCCAGUGCCGACGAAGAAGACAGAUUCUGUAAUCUCAUGCGACGCAUUGGUGCGAAUUUUUGGCCAAGUAAGAAGGAGUGGGUCCAAGUGAUGAUGCAACUGAGAGAGAUCACGGAGGAAGAAGAAAAAGUGAUGGUAUAUGGUUGGCCGACGGAUGGAGUGGGUGUAUGGGUGUUGAGAUACGGGAGUGCUAGCCAAAUGCCCCUAGAUUUCGGGAGAAUGAGUUUUGCGAUGAAUAUGGAUGAGAGGAUACAGAUCAUGAAAGAGUAUGGCGCUACUUUUUUUGAAGAUGUCGCGCAGGUGAAGGAACUUAACGGCAUUAGUGACUAG